UUCAAACGUGAUAACGUUCACAUGUUGUGGGCCACAUCACACGCAGACCAGAUUCUCGUGAUGGCCCCGCAGCGCUCUUAUUUCCCGCUGUUGUUUUAGUGGACACUCCCCCAUCUUGGCUCGCACAGCCUCCGUUUAAAGACAGGAGGAGGAGGACUACUGCUAGAGGCUGUGGAAACCAGACAACUCAACUGCAAAGGUGGAGAGGUCAACCGUGGGAAGAUCAGAAGAAGGUCCCAGUAAAAGAAUAUCCUAAACUCCCUCAUCAUCAACAUGGGGGCUGUUGUCUCACGGUGGAGGGCUAAACCAUCCACUGUAGAGAUUUUGGAAGGAAUCGAUAAGGAUAUACAGACUCUUGAAGAAUAUAGUGAGAAGUAUCAAAGGCAGUUGAAGAUAUGGGUCGGGCGACUACUUCUGUACUCGUCUCUUCUCUACUUGAUGACAUGUAUAGUUGUGUAUUUCUGGUACCUGCCUGAACAGGUAAUGGGACGGCUCAUAUUGGCUCUUCCCUUCAUAAUAUUUCCCUUAUUAGUGUGGUUUCUUCGAAAACUCCUUAUAAUUAUUUUUUCACGAAGAACUGAAAAAAAUAAUGAAAAAUUAGAGGAUCUUAAAACACAAAAAAGGAAAAUACUUGAAGAAGUUAUGGAAACAGAGACAUACAAAAAUGCUAAAAUGAUUCUAGAGAGAUUCGAUCCUGAUUCAAAGAAAAAAAUUGAGCUGGAAUCUACUCCAGUUGGACCUCAGAUGACCCCAAAACCAGGACAAGAGCUCCGCCAGCGCAGUGUCAUCCCAAAGACCCCCCCAGUGGUGGUAAAUCCUGCAAGCAGUGCUGCUGCUCGCCCUCCUUCUGCCUCUGCGCCCACCUAUCCUGGACGAUCUUCCCACUCUGCUCCAGGUGGCCCCCCAGAGAGGAGCCUGUCGGCUAUAGCUGCUCAGCAGAGCUUGAUGAGGAAGCCUGUGACCCCUGGAACACCUGUUCCAGGAGUUGGGAUGCAUCCCCCAGGUCCGCCCCUGGCCAGACCUGUGCUCCCAAGGGAAAGAGGCGCUAUGGACAGAGUCAUUGAGUAUCUUGUUGGAGAUGGACCUCAGAACAGAUAUGCUCUCAUAUGUCAGCAGUGUCUGUCUCAUAACGGCAUGGCAUUAAAAGAGGAAUUUGAAUACAUUGCCUUUCGAUGUGCGUAUUGUUAUUUUUUGAACCCUGCAAGAAAGACCAGGCCUCAGGCACCCAGACUCCCUGAGGUUACUGGCGAACUGAAGAUGUCAUCUGAGGAACCCUUACCUUCUUCUGCUGCUAAUGUAGAUGACGAGCAGUCUGUUUUAGGAAAAUCCAAGCUUGUUGAUGUAUCUGCUGAAACAGACGCCCAAGAGCCAGGCACACCAACAACCGCAGAGUCCAAUUGUGUGUCAAGCGGCCAAAGCACCCCAGAUUCACAAGACCUGCCCCCUGAGAAAUCUGAUGGAGAGCAAGAUUUGUCUGCCAUGGAAGUGGAGUAAAACAAUGCAGUAGUGAUUUCAACACAAGUCAGGCUCGAACUGUAGUUUUUCUUUGAAGAAACGUGAUAACUUUAAGUAAAUGCCGUAAGUUGGAAUAACAGUAACAAGCCAGCAGCUGAUAUGAUUUUCAACUUACAGUACACAAUGCCCUUUCUUUUGAGAAUUGUUUUUAUAGUUCUAGCAAUAGUAAUGAAUUAAAUAUUAUAUCACAUAGCACUAGCAUUUGGUAGCAGCUGCCAAACAACCCACCUUUCUCGCAAUUAUUGCGUGUCCAGCCCAUUUUCAUAACAUGUUAUUGAGAGCAAUACUGAUACUAAAUUAAGCUGUUUUUGAUGUUGUGCAGGAAAAGUCUUUUUCCAUCUUCCAUGUUUUAUUUGUCUUUGACUGAAUUCUAACAUUUUGCUAUCUGGGUUAACAGGAAACUGCAGAAACAAAUCAACAAAUAUUUUGUGGGAAAAUAAAUUUUUAUUUAUGGUAAAUUUAUUUAUUAAUAUUUUUCUAUAAUGCAGUGCCUUUCGCGGCCAUGUUCAUUGGGGUACUCUGUAGCACAGUGGUGCUAACAAACUGUUUACACAACCAUGGUAUCAUAAUAGGAAUUCACUUACAAUAUGUAUUUAUUAUUACAAGGGAGGAGAUUUAUGUCGAUACUGUGCACCUGCUUUAAGUGCCUUUUAUAUGUUAAGUCUGCUUCAGAGUGUUGUCGAUACAACCUAUUUACAUACAGACAAUAAAGCCAUUUAUCUGUUUUCAGUCUUAAGUGGCAGUAUCUGCUGAAUGUCUGAAGUCGUGUUUUUUCUAAAUAAUACUAAAUAAACAUUUGAGAACAUCUGUCUACAUGUGUGCUCAGGAUCACAACACAUUCAUCCAGAUGGAUGCAUAUUAGUUAUAUAUACGAACACACGAUUAUUGCUUGAUUUUAAGUCAUUUUGCAUUAACAUCAAAACAUGAAUAGACUGACGUAAAUAGCCACGCCAACAACAGCUGCCAUGUAUUCCUGUUACCUGUAUUGUUGUGUGUUUUAAAUUGUAGCCCCUUCUCUGGCCAGUUUCUCACCAAGGAGCAUGCUUAAACAGUCCAUUUUCAUUAGCAGGACAGUCUCAGCUUGUGAUCAUUUUAUUUUGGCUCAUUGAUCAUUUCAGACAGGGCAAGAUAAUGGUACUGACGCAGAGCCCGACCAGUCUUGAUUGCUUGACCCUCUUCAUUUGCAACAAGAAAGUCAUUGUGGCCACAGCGUUGCUCUCUGCCAUCACAUAACCCUUCUCCCCUGAAGAUACACCGUAACUAUUGGUGAGGUCAACACCUCCCAUCUUCUAUGGGUCUUGAUAAUGUAUGUUUACAGAGACAUGACCUCCCGGGCCCUGUAAUGCAUCAAUGUGACAUCGACAGUAACGCCUGAUUCCACCGCAUGCUGUUUGAGGUUGACCUCUGACAAGAGCCAAACAGGGAAAAAAAUGGGACAUCAAUAGGACAGUGUUUGGAUGUUUUCACACCACUGGGAGGUUGUUCGGUCUAUAUAGGCUGCACAUACGUGUAUCAUAAGUAAUAUAUCACAAAAGAUCUCUGCUAUGUGGUUUGAAAAUGUAUGUUUGAGUAAUAUUUUUGAUUCCACAGCACUGAAUCAUUUCUUGACAGUUUGUAUUUUAUAGUCAGUAGAAUUAUUAUUUGUGUGCAAGAUUUUCAACUUUGUAACAACUUUGUUUUUUUGUUUGCUUUUUUUUUCCUCUAUACAAUGCUUGAUGAAUUGCAGACAGAUGGAAAGAUCACAGAGACAUGGA